UCUCAUUUCUUUUGAACCAAAAAAAAAAACAUCUCAUUUCUUUUUCUCUCACUCUCGAAAACAGCAGUGCCCAGCACUUUUAGCCAUGCUAAGGGCUGUUUUGUUGUCGGUGCUCCUUUGCGCCAGCUGCCGCCUUUCUUUUUCCUUGAUCGACGGGUUGUUAAAAAAUGGCGAUUUCGAGCUGGGGCCCAAAAAAUCAGACAUGAAUGGUACGGUGGUGAUCGGCGGCCGCUACUCAAUUCCGGAAUGGGAAAUUUUGGGGUUUGUGGAGUACAUAAAAUCGGGGCAAAAGCAAGGGGACAUGCUGCUGGUGGUGCCAGAGGGAGCGUUCGCGGUCAGGUUGGGGAAUGAGGCCUCCAUCAAGCAGAGGUUGAAUGUGACAAAGGGGAUGUACUACUCAGUCACGUUCAGCGCGGCCCGCACCUGCGCCCAGGAGGAGCAGCUGAACGUCUCGGUGGCGCCUGAUUUCGGGGUGCUUCCCAUCCAAACAGUGUACAGCAGCAGCGGGUGGGACUCAUAUGCAUGGGCAUUUCAGGCACCGAGUAAUAUCGAUGUUGUAGAGCUUAUUAUUCAUAACCCUGGAGUGGAAGAGGAUCCAGCUUGUGGACCACUUAUAGAUGGUGUGGGAAUCAGGACCCUCUAUCCCCCAAGAGCAACCAACAAGAACAUUUUGAAGAAUGGAGGGUUUGAAGAAGGUCCGUACAUCUUUCCCAACACUUCCUGGGGAGUCUUGAUACCACCCAACAUUGAGGACGAUCACUCUCCGCUGCCCGGAUGGAUGGUGGAAUCACUCAAAGCUGUCAAGUACAUAGAUUCUGCCCACUUCUCCGUGCCCCAAGGUCGGCGAGCGGUGGAGUUAGUGGCUGGGAAAGAGAGUGCAAUCGCCCAGGUUGCAAGAACCAUUCCGGGCAAGACUUACGCCCUCUCAUUCUCAGUGGGGGACGCCAACAACGCCUGCAAAGGGUCCAUGAUCGUGGAAGCAUUCGCGGGUCAAGACACAAUCAAGGUCCCCUACGAGUCCAAAGGCAAAGGGGGUUUCAAGCGCGCCGUGCUCCGGUUCAAGGCCGUGUCCACAAGGACCCGCAUCAUGUUCUUGAGCACGUUUUACACCAUGAGGAGUGAUGACUUCUCGUCUCUGUGUGGUCCCGUUUUGGACGAUGUGAGGCUGUUGAGCCUCCGUAAACCCUGAAGCACCAGUACUGCCGUCGCCAGAAGUAAAGCAGGAAUGGUCGGCGUCCGAUCAGCUUUUGAUGGAAAUGCUAGUUAAAUAAGUAAUCGAGGGAGGGAAUUAAUAAUUAGUGUGAGUUUAAACUAGCAUAAUCCAACAAAUAAAAGACUAUAUAUAUUAUACUGUGAGAGUAGUACACUGGUGUGUGUUUAUAUAUGUUUGUUAGGAAAAAAAUAAAUAAGGAAAAAUUAU